CAUAGCUGUCCACAACAACAAGGAGCAGGAAAAACAAGGAAGUGGACCAUUGCGCUUUACCGCCGUAAAUUUGUCCUUUUUAGCAAUUCUGUGACAAGAUACGCAGAGUGUCCUGUAAUAUUCUUACAUAAUCCAAACCUCAAACCGGACCGCAACAAUGAACAACAAAGGGUCAUAUCCACAGCAGAGUGUGUACCCACAGCAAAGCACCGCACCCGUUUACCCCCCUGCUAUGCAAAUGUCUCCUCAGGCGCCUCCUUACACGGACACGCCUCCGGCAUACUCUGAGAUCUACCAGCCCAGAUAUGUACUUCCCCCUCAGGUGACCGGCCAGGUGCCUCAAAUGUCCUCCCCCUAUGUUGGCACUCAGGUCUACAUGCCCAUGCAGCCACAGAUGGCCGUCGGGGCAAUGGCCCAAAAUGUUCCCCUGGCUUACUACCCCAUGGGGGCUGUGUAUCCUCCCGGUUCCACAGUGAUGGUGGAGGGCGGCUACGACGCUGGCGCUCGUUUUACAGCCGGCACCAGUGUUUCCAUCCCGCCACCACCUCCCGGACAUCCCCCAAAUGCGGCUCAAUUGGCAGCCAUGCAGGGCGCCAACGUGGUGAUGACGCAGCGCAAGAACAACUUCUUCUUGGGUGGCUCCAGCGGAGGUUAUACAAUCUGGUAACGGUAGCCGCUACCCGAUCCAGCGCCCACCCCCUGCGCAACAUCACGUACCUCUCCCCAUCCGAAGGCCGCUUGGCCACAAUACUGAUAUCACCUAAUGGAAUGUAAUGUUUUCGAGCCCGUGUGAAAGGUACAGUACUCCACUUGUAACCAAGCGAUCAAAUGACAAAUGCAAGUCUUAAAUGUUGUAGAAUCCAUCCCAUCAUCCUCCAUUGCGUUUAGCUUCCUUAUUAGUUUAGGUCAUGCCAGGUGACACUAGUGGCCUGUGCUUUAACACUAGUGGAUCAGUAGGUUAGCGAGGCAUUUAAACUUGAUAGAUUUCACAAUGGUUAAACGUUCUAUGGUAAGUUAAGAGCUCAAGAUGUGGAAGAAUCUUUAUCCCCCAAUCAAUUCAUAUAAAAGAGCAUCACAGCUAUUCUUUGGCUGGCUAGCAAUGAAAACAAUGUUUAAAAAUGUGCAAAGCGGGUAAGAUCUUGAGCCCUCCGUAUCUAUACUAAACCUAUUCUAUAUCAGAGGUUCUCAACGGGUCUUGCACUGUUGUGCCGCGGCACACUAGUGUGCGGUGAGAGAUCAUCAGGUGUGCCGCGAGAAAUUAUCCAAUAUCGCAUUUUUAUUGUAUUUUUUUCGUCGUCGGGUGGAGUUGCAGUAGGAAGGACGGAGAAGGUAGAAGGUUUGGGUCGUGUGCAGAGGAGCAAGGUAUUGCUCGUGUCGCGUUUAAGAACUGCUCGGAUUUCUAGCCAUCAGCCACCUUGCUGUCUGCGGCAAUGAGGACCCCAGCACGUCUACUGUACAUCAUUUGAAUAGACUCGUCAAGUGUUGAUAUACAUGAAAGUGUCCUUUCCAUUUUAUCCAUGUGUGACGGCUCUCAAUCCUCCCCAUGUUUUAUACCAACACAUUGUCAAGGCCAGCAAGGUAGCUGAUGGCUAGAAAUCCAAGCAGUUCUUGAACACGGCACGAGCAGCUAUCUAGCGCCAUGGUGCCAAGCAAGCUUAAGCAUCAUCUCCAAACGAAAUACCCAUAGCGUCAAAACAAGUCGAUGGACGAUUUUGUUCGCAUUUGUGAAAACACAGAGAAACAGGCAACUUUUUUGAUAAAAACUACAAAGGUAAAUGAGGUAAAUGAGAAAGCCCUCAAAGCCAGUUACUUUGUUGCUGAAUUUGUUGCUAAAUCCCAAAAGUCACACACUGUGGCAGAGACAUUACUACUACCUGCCUGCAAAGCCAUUGUCGACAAGAUGCUCGGCCCUGAUGCGGUUAAAGAAAUUGCUAAAGUCCCCUGUCUGAUAAUUCUCAGCUUUUCAAGCCUAACUGCUAUAAAAAAUAAAAACCGAGAGGGACUUAGAGCUGUAGAAGAAGCGUUUCGUGUGUGUCUUUAUUCAAUUCCUGCCAGGAUAUCGGCUAAAUCUAAACAGGCUCAAGUUUCACACUGAAUAAGUACAAAUAUUGAGAAAUUAUUUUAUAAUUAAAACUACGUUACAGAAAGUAAUUUUGGAACAUUUUUUGUGGUGUGCCGAGAUUUUUUUCCGAUGUAAAAACGUGCCGUGACUCAGAAAAGGUUGAAAAACACUGUUUUAGCAGAUGUCAAACCAAAUUGUUGUUCGGAAAUAUUUGACAGCAUUUAACAUUCAAAUGAUUGUAGAAAUGGUCAACUUUAGUUCAGCUACGAUAAAAAGGCCAUUUAAUUAGACAUUCCUGAAAUUGAGCACAAUUUAAGGAAGUACAGUACAACUGCAAAUAUCUGUAGUUAAUAUCCAUAAAGUCUGAAUCAGCAUUUCAGUCAUAAUUGUUCCUCCAAACAGCAGCACAAGCCCAGAGAUGCUAAGCUGCUGCAUGGUAAUUAAAAUCAAUAUCAGGAGUGCAGUAAAUACUUUUAAGAUAUUCAUGACCGACUUAAUUGAGAAUCACUGGUCUAGAGACCAAUAUAUUUCAUUUCAGUCUGCAUCGAUAGAUAAAAACAGUCGGGAACAUUUCGAGCCACGUUCAUGUAGUUUACGAUAAUAGAGCUGCCUAAUGGUGAAGGUGAAUCGCAGUUACAAAGUUGAACACACACAAAAAAAAUCCCUACUUGUCUUUUUUGUUUAAUAAUCUUUGCGUGUAGUUAAACUAGAUGUUGAAGUUUCAUGUAAAUACCAGUGUCACAAAAAUUCUCCAGGAAAAAAACACAUCAAGAUUGAGCUCGUCUUUUACACAGUGUCUAAAAAUAUAUAUAUAUAUAUAUUAUAAACCGUAUAUAUAGCAAGUAGCAUUUAAAAAAAUAAACUUUGAAAACAAAUGUUCGAAUGUACUUGCAGAAAAAGUGGUUUACUGUACCUUGUUGGGCAACCUGUAGAUUUAACAUAGUCAAGUGCCAAAGAGCACUGGGGCUCAUCCCCAUUCAAUGAAACAAAACGUUCAAAGGAAAAAGGAAAGAUUUAGUAAAUCCAAAUAGAGUUGACUGGGUCAGAUGGGUUGGUGUGAUAUUUGUAGCGUUUAGUUCAUUCUGUUUUAAAGUCGGGUACCCAGAGUUUAUACACUAAAUGUCUGAAAUGUGCUUACUUGUGCAACUAUUUUUCGUUUUAAUUGGUAUUUAUUUAUGUGAGAUAGAGGCCCCUUUUCUGCAUACCAUUCGACAUGUUUGCCAAGGUUCCUUGGAUUCCUUAAGUGAGUCUCCUGAAUUUGUUUUGUCUUUUUCUUUUUAAACCAAUGAGUCAACUGUACCAAAGAAAACGGUAUUUUGCAUUAACCAUUAAUCAGUCGUGGGAUAUUUUGGAUUUGUUCAAAAAAAUUGUUUAAUCAUUAAAUUGCACAUUUGUACAAAUAAAAUCUGAGAUUCACAGUUAAACUGACAAAUUCUAGACAAGGGGUUGGUGGUUAUUUUUAUCAUUGUGGUUUCGUGCGAGUGUAAGGAAAACUGUGAAAUGUUCUGAGAGACAACAGCUGUCUAUUCAUGUUGCAUUUCUCUAAUGACGUCCAAUCAGAAACCUAUUGGGAUUUGUGUGUGUGUGUGACUAUUUUGUGCCGAUCUUAAUAUUAUAAUGUAAAGUUUAUCUAAAGGUGCAAAAUAUUAGCGGGGGAAAUAUCAGAUUCAGAGCAAACUCUCGGAUGUCGGUCAAGUUUGGCUCAAUGGAGUCAAUGGAGACUUGUGACUGGGCCUAGCCAAUCACCACGCUGUAUACUUUUACGGAAGCACUGCAUUAGAUGAUGAAACCCAUUUUAAUUUGUUCAAGAGCAUUUUGCGUGGUGAGGUUCCCUUGUGGAGGAAACUUUUGCCACUUAUUUAAGUCCCAAACAGAAUGAUUAGUGUGGAAGAAAACUCUUUCCUUGACAUCCAGGAAUAGAUAACAGCUUACUUGCGGAACUCACAUUCAUCUGUUAACAGAAGAGUUGAAUCAAAAUGCACUUAAUGGAGACUGUUUUUAUUCAGUCUGUAUGCUGUGAGUUAUGUACUUUAUGGAACUACAGUGUCUGAACAAAAAGUUGAUGUUUGCAGAUUGUUGUUCGCUGGGUAUCCGACUGAUCAGGUUUUGGCUGCUGUAGCUACAAGGAAGUGUUUUUCAAAAGCUGUCACGGUACUUGUACCGCCAAUGAUGCAGAUGCUGUGUAAACAGACAUCAGUGAUAGGAUGAGCCUUUCAGGGUAAAGUUGGGGGGGAAAGGGUGCCUACAGCUUCCAAAACUUGAAAUGGCCAUGUUUAGUUUUGUAUUCUUUUUCCCGUGCCAGCAAUAUGAAGUACUUCCUGUACAAGUGCAGCAGUAACGCCAACCGCGGCCGGACAGACUUCCUCUCUGUUGAAGGAUCAUGGACAUUCCUGGUUCAGGGAUUCUAUUUCCGACGUUUUGUAUUUAAAAAAAAAAAAAAAAGAAAAGGAAAAAAAAGCGCUGAAGCGACUUAUUAUGCACACGUUCUAUCUUUUGAGAUUGAUUAAGGAGACGAGUGUCAACGACUUAGGUGCACUUAACUUUUUUAUACUAAACUUAAGAUUUAAAAAAGUAAGUUUAGAAUAAAGGUUAUUUUGGACAUUUGAGAAGUUUGUUGUUUAAAUUUAUUCACAUAUGUAAUGUAUUGAAAUGGGGUACACUGAUAAAUAAAGGACAUUUGUUUUUUUGUAACGUGAA